AUUUUGUUCUUUAUACAAUACUUCUCUAGAUCAUAUCCUCAAAAAUGACUGUCGACAGAGACUCAAAGAUCCCUGAACUCAAAGAUUCAGUCUUGGAACUAAUAGGUAACACCCCUUUGGUUAAAUUAAACAAGAUCCCUCAAUCAUUAGGUGUUAAACCUCAAAUCUUAGCUAAACUAGAGUUCUUCAAUGCUGGUGGUAGUGUCAAAGAUAGAAUUGCUCUUCGUAUGGUUGAAGAAGCUGAAAAAGAUGGAAGAAUCAAACCAGGCUACACUUUAAUCGAACCAACUUCAGGUAACACUGGUAUCGGUUUGGCUUUGUUAGGUGCUGUUAAAGGUUAUAGAACUAUUAUCACUUUGCCAGAAAAGAUGUCUAAUGAAAAAGUUUCCGUCUUGAAAGCUUUAGGUGCUGAAAUCGUUAGAACCCCAACUGAAGCUGCUUUUGAUUCUCCAGAAUCACAUAUUGGUGUUGCCAAAAAAUUGAACAAAGAAAUUAAAAACUCUGUCAUCUUGGAUCAAUAUGGUAAUAUCAAUAACCCAGAUUCUCAUUAUUACACAACUGGUUAUGAAAUUUACAAACAAUCAAAGGGUAAAAUCACCGCCUUAGUUGCUGGUGCUGGUACUGGUGGUACAAUCACUGGUAUUGCCAAAUAUUUAAAAGAACAAGAUCCAAAAAUUAAAGUCAUUGGUGCUGAUCCAAAAGGUUCAAUCUUGGCUGUUCCUGAAUCUUUAAACAAAACAGAUACCGAUCAAUACAAAGUCGAAGGUAUUGGUUAUGAUUUCAUCCCAGAUGUCUUGAACAGAGGUUUGAUUGAUGAAUGGUACAAAACCGAAGAUCAAGAAUCAUUCACUUUAGCCAGAAGAUUAAUCAAAGAAGAAGGUAUUUUAAUUGGUGGUUCCUCUGGUAGUUCUUUAGCUGCAGCCAUCAGAUAUGCUAAAGAUCAUCCUGAAUUAACAGAAGAUGACACCAUUGUUGUUGUUUUCCCAGAUAGUGUUAGAUCUUACUUGACCAAAUUUAUUGAUGAUGAAUGGAUGAAAUCAAAUGGUUUUGAAAUUGAACCAGUUGCUAAAUCUUCAAAAGGUACUUUUGAAACUGAAAAAAUAAAGUCAUUAAACUUGAAACCUGUUGUCGCUGUUCAUAGUGAUGAAAAAGUUGAAAAAGUUAUCAAAAUCUUGAAAGAAAAUGGGUUUGAUCAAUUACCUGUUUUAUCACCAAAGAGUGGCAAAUUGAUUGGUUUAAUAACGUUGAGUAAAUUAUUAGGAUCAUUAUCUUCAAGUCAAAUCACAAUUAAUGAUGCUAUAGAAUCAAUUAUCAUUGACUUUAGAAAACUAAACAACUUUGAUGAUGUCAACAUUUUCAAUGAAAAUAAAUCAAGUAAGAAAAAAUUCAAUAAAAUCACUGAAGAAACUACUCUUGGAGAAUUGAAAAAGUUUUUUGAAAAAAAUGCAAGUGCUGUUGUUACUGAUAAAGACAUGAAACCAAUCCAUGUUGUUACUAAAGUUGAUCUAUUGGAUUAUUUUAUUGAAAAUUAAGAAAUGAUG